UCAGCAUAUAUUCAAAAAUUACCAGGCAAACUUCAAGAAGUUGUCAUUUGGUCGAAUACGGAUGCUGCUCAAUUGGAGUAUUUUCUAUUUGAACCUAUUACUCUUACCACCAUUCUCUGGGCGUUGUUAUACCUCUGUUUUCUUUUUUUAUAAAACAAUGUUGUAUCAUAGUUUUAUAUUUUUAAUAUUUACUUACUAUCGAUCUCAAUAUAAUGAUCAUACUAUUUUAGAUCUAUUUGUAAUGGUCUUUCUAUUUUCAUAAAAAUAUUUGCAAUAUUGUCACUGUUCACUUUUUCCUGCUAAGAGAUUAUGCCAUACUGCCUGGAUCAAGUCUGCCAAUGUUUAGACGUUCACAUGUCGGUUCAUUUCUUUUUCCUGACUGAUUAACUGAUAUAUUGCAUCAUGCAAAAUAUUUCAUAUCAUAUUAUGUUUAAAAAUAUCUCAGAGUCAGAAAUAUUAGCCAUAAUGAGCUCUACAACUUCGAAGAUUGAUAUUGAUGAUGAAAGUGUUUUAACAUCUAUUUUCAAAGAUUCAUUUCCAGAAAGUUGGAGGAGUGACUCAGAGUUUGUUACUUAUUUGUCGGAGUUGAGUUCUUAUGGAAUUGAAAAAUUAAAUCGAGAGCCUGAUAGACUGGAUGAAGAAAAAUCUCAUGUAUUAGAACAAACACAAGAUCUUGCAUUCCAUAAUUAUAAAACCUUCAUCAAAACUGCUGAGUGCUCGAAGGAUAUUUUUCAAGAUUUUAGCCUUAUUGAAGACAGGCUUGAAGGGAUGAUUGAUAAACUUCCUUCAUUAUCAGAAAAAGCCAAAUCCUUCAUGCAAGCUGCACAAAAUAUUGGGGCAUCGCGAAGAUCUAAUUCAUUAACUUUAACAAGACACACUCAAAUUCUUGAGAUUCUUGAAAUUCCACAACUAAUGGACACGUGUGUUAGGAAUCAAUAUUAUGAUGAAGCAUUAGAACUUAUGUUUUAUGUAAAAAGAAUGGAAAAGAAGCACAUCAUCACUGAUAUACCAGUACUAGGAAGUAUUAUCAAUGAUGUCAAGAAAUCUGCUCAACUAAUGCUACAUCAUUUACUCUCACAACUUCGAACUGGAAUACAAUUGCCGGCCUGUUUACGUAUAAUUGGAUAUUUGAGACGUUUAGAUUGUUUCAGUGAAGUUGAACUCAGAUUGAAGUUUUUACAGGCUCGCAAUUCCUGGCUAGAAAGCAUACUUGAUGCGAUUCCAAAUGAUGAAGCUUACACUCAUGUUACCAGAACAAUCGAAGCCUGUCGAAUCCAUCUAUUUGACAUUGUUACUCAAUACAGAGCAAUUUUCUCUGAUGAAACAGAUCUGGCAUAUUCUUUCUUACCGACACAAAAAGGAAAUGAUAAUUUGCAAGACAAACCUAGAGACACUUCAGUAUUUUACAGCUGGCUAGUGUACAGGAUUUCCAUAUUUCUGGACACUCUCGAAAAAGAUCUAGCUAAGGGAGUUGGAAACAGACUUGAUUCUGUUCUUGGACAAUGCAUGUAUUUUGGAUUAUCAUUCAGUAGAGUUGGGGCAGAUUUUCGCGGACUUUUAAUUCCCAGAUUUCAGAACGCUGCCCACUCUAUGUUCAAACAAACAAUUGAUGCUGCUACACAAGAGUUUGCGACUGAUAUGAUGUCGUUUUCACUCAUCACAACUUCUAUUGCAUAUAAUCAAUCAAUGACAGGAUCAAUGACAUCCAGCAUGUCUGCGAGUUAUGGAUCAUCCACUAAUUCUCCACCUGCAUCUCUCCUAGAAUUUCCACCUCUAGGCGUUUAUCUUAAUAAUGUACUUGCUGCUUUCAACGACUUAAGACUCUGCUGUCCUGUUGCUCUUGCACCUCUUGUUCCAGCCACACUAAUGGAAUCUUUGCGAUGUGUAGUCGCAGAUAUACUUGGAUUCUAUCAUACAGAAGAAGCUGCUUUUAGUGACAAGGAAAGGAUAGCUUUUAACAGAUAUAGCACUGCCUUUUGUCAAGACAUGAUCCCACAUAUAGAAGAAUGCUUGACGUUACUUUUUCCUUCCAAUGAGAUUGGGAAUAUGUUUGGCAUAACACCCUCACAACUCAAAUCUAAAUUUGGAAAAAUUGGUCACAUGGACACUGCGGAUAUCAUACGGCCACUUGAGCCAUUUUUACCUGCAAAAGAAGAAUUGGUUCUAGAUUCAGGUGACAACAAUGUAACAACUGAAAAUGAAAAACAGGAGAAUGGUGUUGAUGAAUCAGUACAAUCUGAUGAUAAGGAAUCUGGAUUGAGAAUGGAUGUAACUGGAGAGUCUAGCUGAUUUCAACAUCAGUGAUAGCAUACUGAUAGUGAGAUACAAGAUUGUAGUAGUGAGCUAACUUGAGGUGUUCACCUACCCCAGCGUUUCUCGAACUAUGUUCCGCAGUGUUUCAAGAGCUUCAUAUGACAGGGAUCGGAAUUACAACUAAAUAAGUCGCCAUGGCAAUCUCGACCGUACUUUGUUGCCUCCGAGUCUUAAAUUUGUCUCCGAAAAGGCGUACAGGCCUUGCUGUCUAAAUAGGCAGACAGUCCUUGUUCGUGCCAGUCUGAAAAGCAUGGCAGUCAACCGUUCAGUAUCAUUAACAGUCGGCCUAUGACUUUGCUCUGAGCGGGUAUUUCGAUAAAAUAACAGAUGGGUGACCGAAAUUGAAAUUCAUGAUGUGGCAUCAAUGAAAGACAGCUGCAGAAUUGCAACUGCACUCUCCGAUUCAUCGUGGCUGAACUACAUUAUUUUGCAGUCCUUAUUUAUUAUUAUUACAAUAUGAUAAAGUCUUAUGUUUGUGAAAAUAUAAAGUAUGAAUUGAAGUGUUCCUAAAUGUUAGUUCGUUGGGACGCUAACGGCACUUUGUACUUUAUUCAAUUCAUGAAUCGUUUUGAUUGUCUUUGUAUUUUGGUGCAAUAAAGUUGCUGGUAAUAAAGAAGAUUUGAUUUUAGUUGAA